AUGAAAUUUACGAUAAUCCAAGACUAUGAAAUUGAAGAAUCUUUGAUUAAAUAUAUCAAAAAGCCGACAAAUAAUGAACUGAUAAUUCCAUUGAUGUUCGGCAAGAAAGAUAAAAACAAGAAAAAGAUGGUUAUAGAGAAACGAGGACCUGUUGAAAGGUCACACAUAGGUUUCUCUUCAACUGGGGAAUUGGAAGUAGAAAAUUUACCAUCGGCUUGGGUUGCCUUUUUUAAAAAGGCGGGGGUUAAAAAGUCUGAUUUGGCAGACAAAGAAACUCGAGACAAAGUCUUCAAGUUGAUGGCGUCUUCUUCUGUUGUGAAUGAUAUGCAAAAAGAAGUUUCAAACAACCCAAAUGCAGCAAAGGCACUUCGAAACACUAUGAAACCACAGAAGAAGAUCCCAGAAGGAAUGACUGUAACCCCUAUCACUCCACAGUUCAUUAAACAACAACAAGACAAAGAGGUCAGCCGAACUAUUCGAACUUCUACAACACCAGGUGUAGCUCCAACACCAAUCAAAGAAACCAAAAUCGAAACUAAACAACAGCCUUCAGUACAUAAAAAACCAGUUGCUCCAUAUCAUAAGUUUAACUCAAAAACUGUCACAAAACAACACACAACAAAUCACACAGCACAGAGAGGGAAGGUUAACAUCCCAUCUGCUUUUGCUGAAGGCGAUAAAAAGGACAGUUACAAACCUAAAACCUUCUAUGAAAAAGUGGAAGAGAAAGAAAAGGAAAAACCAAAGACGUCGAACGUCAACAACAGUUCAAGCGUUGUCAAACCAACUCAAAACAAAAAGUUGUUACCACAAGCCGAGACAAAAACAGCCCCAGUGUAUCAACGACAAAGCGCAAUAUCACAAAACCCGGCGUUCUCUAAAUUUAAUACACAACAAACCACAACAACGACACAACCAAAACGUGUUGUGAAAGAAGACAGUGAUGAUGAUGAGAUGUUCAAACCUACUGUAAUUGGAAAUGAAUGGUCCGAUGAUGAAGAACAGAAGUGUGUUAUUCCAAAGCCAGCAAAGAGUUAUAAAACAUCUCAAAAAAGCCCCGAUAUAAAGAAAGAGGUCAAACCAAAAGUACUUGAAACACCAAAAGAAGUGCAAAAACCUGUUGAAGAAAAGAAAGAAAAGUCGGUGUCCACUCAACAAAAAACACAAGCAAGCCAAAAAAGUGUCCACGAAAAGAAACAAGAAGCUUUUAAUAAAUUUAAUACACCAACACCUUCUAAUAGUUCACAACUGAAACCAAAGACUUAUACAUAUCAAACUAAAACACCUUUAAAGAAGGAAAAUACAGUAACACCUCCACAGAGCACUACUGGCUUUAAAAAACCAUCUCCACCUUCUUCUCAAAAAACUCCACCACAAACAACAGUUAAAACAACUUGUGAGACCGUCACACCUCCACAAACUAAAAGUCCAAGUUUUAAAAGACCAUCGCCACCUCCUCCAAAACAAGACCAAAUCAAAAUUAAUGAAGACAAAGCAAAGGAAGAGAAAUUGAAGCUUGAAAAGGAGAAACUUGAGAAGGAACAACAAGAGAAACGAGAAAAACAAGAGAAAGAAAAACAACAACGCGAGAAAGAAGAGAAGUUAAAAGCAGAGAAAGAAAAGGCGGACAAAGAGAAGGAAGAAAAACUUCGAGCGGACAAAUUGAAAGAACAAAAACAGAAAGAAGAGAAAGCUCGUGCUGACAAAGAACGAGAGAAAAUUGAGAAAGAAAAGGCAUUAAAAGCACAAAAAGAACAAGAAGAACAACAAAAAGCUCAAAAACUGUUGGAACAAGCAGAACAAAAAGAACGCGAAGAAAGAGAUAAAAAUACACAACAAAAGACUGCAGCCGCACUCGCACCACCUUCAUCACUUCCACCACCAAAUGCACCACCCCCUGUUAUCAAAAGUGGUGUUGAAAAUGCCAACGCGGGAAUCUCGUUCACACAGCUCAUCUUUGCGCAGUCCGGCAAUUUGAAUAAGACUGAAAUGAAAGAGAAGCAAGUGCAAGAGGAUGAAGUGGUCUUAGCACUUCGCGGAAUUUUAGAUGAACGCCGAAAGGACAUUGCAACGGAGUAUUCCGAUGACGAAGAUGAUUGGAGUGAUGACGAUUGGUAA